ACCUUCACCACUCCAUCUCACAGACCAUUUUAUUAUCCGCACAUCAUUUACUUGAUCCUGGACUUGACAUUUUCCAUGCUCAUCAUUCAUUGGUUCAAUGUCUCUAGGAUAUGAUUUUCAUCAAGUCAAUCUUUUUUUAUCUUCCCCGGAGAACUAGGUUACCUCGUAGGCUAGUUAGUACCUAUUCCCACUCAACUCUGAUUCAGAUUAACCUUUAUUUUGAUUUUCAGGUCUCCUUGACUCGGGAACAGACACCCAAUCCCCAUAUUCAGAUUCAUAUUCAGGUCAAAACGGAUCAGCUCCGACCACAUCAGGAUACGAUAACUUCAAUAACUACCUAGCUUCAUUCAUUUACUAGGAACCGAACUCGCCUUGCACAACAGGAAGAGUGCCCGUGUACCCGUGUACCCGUCUGUUUUAAUUAUAUCAUAGCCGUAUGGAGAUGGCGUGAGUUCAUGAGUUGGCUCAACAUAUCGCACAACAGAACAAAACCGGUCUUGGCUAUCUGCUUUGGUCGAGGAGGGGUUGGCUGUAAGAUUACGGACCUGGGGAUUGUUGAGUUGUGCCACCCUUUUUGACCUUCGCUCCCUAGGUACGAUCUUACGUAUAGGUCCUCGUCAUUUACAGAUGGAUCGACGACGUUGUUUAUUGUGAGAAGAGGAGGAAUACAUAUCCGAAUUCGAAUCACAGACACAGGCGAUGCCCAUAAAGGAAACACUCACAAACAUCCCACGAGAUAAACGAUAGAAUUGGAGUCGCAAAAUACGCAGGAUCUAUUGUAUUAUAUUUAUUAAUAUAUUACCGUCUGUGCGGGAUUUCUUCUUUCGACCGGAGGAUAAAUUGGCUUCUCGGAAGUUAUUUUAGAGAAAGGUUACACCAAUUUGGUGUCAAUUGUUUUGAAUCAAUUGGCUUGAGCCUUUUGCGCAAGUGAGAAAAAGGAAAGAGAGGAGGAGAGAUAGUGAGAAUCUUGAGUGAAUGUGGAAAAAAGGCAGGAGGGUUGGACGGAUAUACACACAGACAAACGGAAGAACGAGCGGGUGGACAUUGAACAUUGAACGAAUAGCAGAUCCAUCUCUUUGCGACAAUCGAUUUUGCUUUCGAGCGCAAGUUUCAAUUUCACUUAUACCAUACCUCAAACACAAUCUCAAACAACUCAAUUCGCCCUUCAAAAACCCGUCAACUUCCCAUCCUUCUAAUCUCCAACCAGAUCCCUCUCUCUUGUCUCUGCGAAAACAAUACUGCAUCAUCCAAAAUGUCAUCGAAUUCAUACGACUCCAAUCGCAUAACCAUAACUAUCCUUGGUGAUGGUGGCGUCGGUAAAUCCGCCCUAACACUACGUCUAGUAAAGUCUCAAUGGACAUCCGAUUACGACCCUACAAUCGAAGAUUCCUAUACUCUUACUCGACGCAUCGAUGGUCAAACGUAUCAUCUCUCGAUAACAGAUACCGCCGGCCAAGAAGAAUAUCGUGGGAUGUGGCAGAGUGCCAAUGGAAGUAUGAGAAGUGAUGCUUUCUUGUUGGUAUAUGAUAUUACACGAAGAGAAAGUUUGGAUGCGCUGGAGUGGUUUGAUGAAUUAAUUAGCAUGGAAGGGGAAGUUAGGGGAGAGGAAUGGAGAAGAGCGCAGGUUGAAUCAUCACACUCAAGGUCUCGUUCGAAAUCGAAAAAGUUUCAGAAUUCCAACGUAAAUCCAAUGUCGGGAUAUGGAUAUGGAUAUAUACCUCCGAUAAAAAUCGUGGCGGGAAAUAAAUGUGAUUUACAACAAUCGCGAGAAGUGACGGCAUCACAAGGUUUAGAAUGGGCUAGGGCGAGAAAUUGUGGGUUUAUGGAGACGAGUGCUAGGAGUAUUGUUAACAUUGAAGAGACUUUCGCAUUGAUUGUUAGACGGGUUGUGGAAGGGAGGAGAAGAGCUGAAAUGGAUAGAGAGUUUAUGGAUAGGAGGGAGUUUGGGGAUGAUACAACAUAUGGGAUUAGUGUGGAUGGGGAAGAAGGGGAUGAAUUGGAUAGACAGAGGAAGGAGUUGGGAACGAGGAGAGCGAUGACAAAACCAUUAACACCAUUGCCACCGGGGAGUCUUGAUGGGGAGAAUGAAAAGAGGAGGGAUAAAAAAUGGAGAUUUAUGAAGAAGGGGAAAUGGGGGGCUAUUGGACGGAGGUUAUCUUGUUGGAAAUAACUUGAUGUAGUACUCAUUGGAAUGGAUGAGUGGGAGAUGAGAUUGCAUAAGAGGGGAUUGUACAAGAGCGGAUUGCAUAAAAGGGGAUUGCAUAAGAUGAGAUUGCAUAAGAGGAGGGUGGUCAAAAAAGAAGGAAUGAGAUGAGACGACGGAAGAUGAGAACUUACGACAUAUUUUUAAUGACUUUCAUAACCUAAGGGUAGUGAUUUUUGCUUGCUUGCUUUUUUGCUUGCUCGCUUGCUUGCUUGCGUACUGGAUAUCCAUUUGUAUUUAUAUU